AUGACCGAAAAAAAUUUAGACAUCCUUCCAUACAACUACAGACCAGGCACUGAUUUAAUCAGUAAAAUGGUACUAACCGACAAUCAAGUCAUCAACAUGUUAAUGAAAACUCUAGUACCUGAAGCGGCAGAAGACCAUUAUGUUGCAGCACUGACGUGUUUGCAAAUACAACAAGCACCAACGGAGUUUAUAAACAAAAACAAAUGCGAUGUCCUUUAUGCUCCUCACAAUCCUUUAAGUACAUUUCCACCUGUAUUUAUUGAAGUGCAAAAUCAAGUGGACGAAAAAUUCUUGGUACGUGCCGUUCAUUACAGUACGCUGAUAUACGCACGGUACAAUAAACACCCUAUUUUAUUGAUAAUUGGAGUUGCGAGUGUGACGGCGUCAUUUAUGAGUAAGACGGUAGCAGAUAGCGACUUCUCCUUCGCCAAGCAAAUACCAUGUAUAGGCUGGGCAAAACGCUGCCUCGUGAUGGCAUCUUCAACAUUAAACAUAACCCAACAUAACAUCGAAGAAGAAUUACACCCUUUACAAGCAUUAGGUUAUUUCAUUUGCUCACAAGCAGUGUCAAUUAGCCUUUUGGAGUAUGGAAAGAAUGACAAAACGGUGAAAUUGUUAUAUUCAAUUGCACAUGCCAACCUUGAGCAAUUAAGUGGAGAAGAAGAAGAAAAGCUGGAAGCGAUUAGGAACAUUUGUAACAGUAGUCAAAUGCAGCUCCAAAAGAUAAAGGGAUGCCUCGAAAAAGGAGAUGAAGCUUCAAAAGAAAAGGCAUUAAGCUAUGUGGACGAUACUUUGGAGUUCCUACGACGACAAAAAAGAAAAUACUGCGAAACUAUUGAAACAACGCCUAUUGAAGAAACUCCUCCAUUGGUUUAUUUAAACAAAAAAAGGCAGCCAAUUUCUGUUGAUCUCAAUGACGAGCAAAAAGCUGAGCUAUAUCAAUUUGUACAACGUUUUAAAAGUAUUGAAUCAGGGAGAACCAACUGGAAGAAGUGCUUUCAGCAAGGACAUCUCGAUAGCAUACAGGCAAUCAAGCACUUUAAAACUAGUGAAAGUUUAAGAUGUCAUUAUAAUAGAUUCUUUAAAUAA